GUUAGGAGGAGGAGAAGGAAGGAGAUGGCCGACAAGUAGGCAGUGCUACCUUUGGUACUUCUUUGGCACAAUCCUUUUAAACAGCACACCUUCGCAACUGAAAGGGGGAGAGGACGUUUUUAAUAUUUCGUUCCUCUUCCAUAAUGGCAGAACAAAACAGCAACGUCAGAUAUCAAGAGCUGGUAAAUGAGGAGGAGCCAGCCCAAUCCUCCCAGGACGGUCCUGCCCAGGAUGCACCACCACCCUACAGCAGCAUUGCUGCAGCAAAUGCAGCUUUCUUUGAAUACAAAGAAGAUGGAAGCAGAUUCCCCAACCCUCCUUCCUACAGUGUCGCCACCACUUUACCCUCCUAUGAUGAGGCUGAAAGAAGCAAAGAAGAGGCGGCCAUCCCUCUGGUAACAGGAAGAGUCACGGAGGAUGACUUUGUGGCGAGGGAUGACUUUGAAGAUGCCGACCAGCUGCGGAUAGGGAACGAUGGCAUCUUCAUGCUCACUUUCUUCAUGGCAUUCCUCUUCAACUGGAUCGGCUUCUUCUUGUCUUUCUGUUUGACCACAUCAGCUGCUGGCAGAUACGGGGCCAUCUCCGGUUUUGGCCUGUCCCUCAUCAAAUGGGUUCUUAUUGUCAGGUUUUCUACCUACUUCCCCGGCUACUUUGAUGGACAGUACUGGUUGUGGUGGGUGUUCCUGGCUUUGGGCUUCAUGCUGUUUGUCAGAGGUUUUGUUAACUACUCCAGAGUGCGUAAACUGGCUGAUCCCACUUAUGCCACUCUUCCCCGAACAAGAGUACUUUUCAUCUAUUAGAGGAUCUUGGAUGUUGAAGAACUGGACAACACUUGCAGCAGCUCUGCAAAGAAUUCGAAAUGUUAAAUGAAGACACUGAGCAACGGUUGGGCCAGACAUGUUGUUGAUAUAGACAACUGUUGAUAAUAAUAUUCAGGAAUUAUAUCACUUCUUCUAUUUUAUUGUUUUUGGAUCUUUAUUAAUGAACAUGGUUAACAGUGAUAGUCCCUUAAUGUACUCAUUAGUGGCUAAUGUUAAGUGCUAUUUACAUCGCUGUCUGUAACGUAUAAGUAAUGCCUUAUAUCAUUUGGUGGUAGCAUACAAGCAUGCAUCUGCCCUUAAGGUCAAUAAUUAGGGAGAUAUUCAUGUUGGCGACACUUGAAGCCAACAGGUUUAAAUGAUUAAACACUCAGUAGAUUUGCUGUAGCAUGCGACACACUUAGUAAUCUGCACUAAUCUCUCUUCAUGGUUUUAUUGUGACUAUUAGAGGCUGUUUUUAGACUCCACAUGCACCCAAAAUGCAAGCUUUCAUUAGGCUGUAAAUGCUGGUAUACAGAUAUUUAUUUAGUUCUCUCACCUGUUGGCUUUAAGUAAUGUUGCCCUUGUUUUCAACCAGAAGGGGGCAGUGUUGUCUGCUGUUGGUAAGUCCUGUGUUCAUUAAGGGCAUCAUUAGAAUUAAAUGUACAUGCUUGAGAUUUUAACACGGUGUCAGUAGAGCGACUCAGAAUGACAUCAUGUGUCAGAAGAAGUUCUGAUUUCUGGUCAGUGUUUUGUCACACAUUAAAUCAGGUAAUUAUCCAUCCUGGAAAUGGAUUUUGGCUUAUUAUAUGGUCUGAGAUAAUCCAAUUAGAGUUCAUUAAACAAAAAAAAACAGACAGCGACAAAUGUCAGGAGAGAAACCCUGGAAGCAGGUCAGCCAACAGAGAAGGGACGCCCAAGUUUGGGACACCUAAAGCCACCAAGACGAUAAUUUUUCUGCGCAUAUGAGCACAUUUUCUGGUUCAUAUCCUCAAAAAGCUCAUGUAGAUGUAAGAGCCUGACCUUUCUAUGACUCUGCUGUGAGUCAGUGGAGUCUCAUUCUCUGUCAGUGGAAAAGCUCUGUGAUUAGACUAGAGCUGCUCUGCUGUCUGAAUUUCAGCCGUUAAUGAUCUCCCUCUGACAUUUGGAUCAAAUUAUCAAAGAGCAUAAAAAUAACCUAAACUCCAUUUUCAGGUGGGAUUUUUUGCCUUAAGAUUUAAUUGAAACAUGGGGAAGGGAAAUCUGUUUUUUUUUUUUCUUUUAAGAUCAUGAUUACUGCGAUGUAAGAUGUUCGCUGUUUGUGGGUGUUAAAUCUAUAUCAAAGAAUGUUUUGUAUGCAGGUGCACUUUUAGAAACAUAACCAAUAAAGCCCAGAGCACGUUCCCGUCAUGACUUUAAGACCUGAACAUAUAAAAGAAGGAAUGAAUGAUGCAGCAGUGCAGGAUUUUGUUUCUGCAUGAAAUGGUGGAACAAACUUGUGUUUUUAAUUUCUCCUUUGUUGUCAAUGGAAGGAUUUACUGUGGAUUUAAGUCUGAUCCAGCAAACUGAAUUGUUUGUCUUAUCAGUUAACUCCACACAUCUGCCAUGGCUUAGGUACAGGCUCAUUCUGCUUCUUUCUAUGUGAUGAAGAGCUGCAACCCUGGGGUUUUGUUGAUAUGAAACUGUACAGAAAUGUUUAGUGUUAAAUAAAUGUCACUUUUAUUGCCUCA